UGCUGGCUAGCGACGCGGACAAGUAUACGGGCAAGAUAUGUCUCAAAGAUCUAGCUAGCUAGCUAUACAUAUUACUGUCCCGUCAAAAUACUAAAUAACUUAGUUAUCGAGUGUAAACUUAGCUAACUUGCUAAACCCUAUUUUACUGUCUGAGCAAUGUCUGUGCCAGACAGUGAAGAGACUUGUCUUACUAGUUAACGUAACUAGCUCAAGCAUAAGCAGACAUCUUGCCACAAUGCUUUUUGAUGAUGGCUUCAACUUCCACAGCUGACAUAAAAGUGUGGCAUGAGGGCGACAGAUGCCUCGCUCCCAGCCUCAGAGAUGGCACCCUACUACGAGAGGGGACAAUCCAGAAACUCUCUUCCACUUCUCAUGUUGAGGACAUGGCACUGGUGAAGUUCACAGAUCAACAUGAUGAAGAUGAAGAAGAGGAGGCAGUCUUUCCAGUCUGUAAACUCCAGAGACCAGACACAAACCAGUCGUCCACCAGUGUAGUGUCUGCCCAGGAGAAGCCUCUAUUCCUCUGCAGCCACACCCCCGGUCCAUCAGAGCCCUUGGUGUUGUCACAGAGUGGUGUGGCAGUCCCAUACACCAUCAACAGGUACCUGAGGUACUACCAGAAGGAAGGGAUCCAGUUCAUCUAUGACAACUAUGCCCAGUCCAGAGGAUGUAUCCUGGGAGAUGACAUGGGUCUGGGCAAGACCAUUCAGGUCAUUGGUUUCCUGGCUGCUGUGCUGGGUAAAACAGGGACAUGGGAAGACAUUGAAAACAACAGGCCUCAGUUUCUUCUUACUCAGAUCCCCACACAGCGAAGCAAACCCCGAAAGGUGUUCUUGAUUGUGGCCCCUCUGUCGGUGCUGUACAACUGGAAAGAGGAACUGGAGACGUGGGGUCACUUUCUGACCGUUGUAGUCCACGGUCUGAGGAAAGAGGAGGAGCUGGCUCGCAUCCGGAGGGGACGCUCUGAGAUCGCCCUCACCACCUACGAGACCCUACGCCUCUAUCUGGAGCAGUUUAACAGCAUUGACUGGUCUGCUGUGAUAGUGGACGAGGCCCACAAGAUCAAGAACCCCAACUCCCAGAUCACUGGGGCAAUGAAGGAUCUGAGGUGUCCGGUCAGAGUGGGCCUCACUGGCACAAUCCUGCAAAACAACCUGGACGAGCUCUGGUGUGUCAUGGACUGGGCCAUCCCUCGUUGCCUUGGCAGCCUGGGUAACUUCAAGAAUAUGUUUUCGGACCCCAUCGAACUGGGGCAGAAGCACAGUGUAACUAAGCGGGCCCUAGCGACGGGCAGGAGGGCGGUCCGGGCCCUGGCUGCGAAGCUCUCCCAUUGGUUUCUCCGGAGGACCAAGGCUCUUAUCAGAGAGCAGCUGCCCAAAAAAGACGACAGGGUGGUGUACUGUUCGCUGACGUCGUUCCAGCAGACUGUGUACCAGGCGGUACUGGACACGGAGGACGUCACCCUGCUCUUGCGCUCCUCAGAGAAGUGUGACUGUCACAGUGGACACUCUCGCAGGAAGUGCUGCUACAAGGUGAAUGCUCGGGGUGUGCGUGUGACAGACCUGUACUUCAGUUACUUGGCCAUUCUCAGGAAGGUGGCCAACCACGUGGCUUUACUGCAAUCUAAGCGGAACACCAGCGAAAAGCAGGAGCAGUAUGUGAAUGAGAUCUGUGAGAAGGUGUUCCAGAAGUUUCCUGACUUCACAGAGAAAUGCAAGCAGGCAGCAUUUGAGGCCAUGUCAGACCCCAUGUACAGCGGAAAGAUGAAGGUUCUCCAGAGGUUGUUGAAACAUUACAUGCAGAGAAAAGACAAAGUGCUAUUAUUCUCCCUCUCCACUAAGCUGCUGGACGUGCUGGAGAGCUACUGCAUGGCAGAUGGGCUGGAGUAUAGCAGAUUGGAUGGCAACACCAAGCCCAGAGAAAGGCUGAAGAUCGUCAAAGAGUUCAACAGCUGCCCUGACAUCAACCUCUGCCUGGUCUCCACCAUGGCAGGGGGUCUGGGCCUGAACUUUGUGGGGGCCAACAUUGUGGUCCUGUUUGAUCCCACCUGGAACCCUGCCAAUGACCUGCAGGCAAUUGACAGGGCGUAUCGUAUAGGCCAGUGCAGGGACGUGACAGUGUUCAGACUCAUCUCUCUGGGAACAGUGGAGGAGGUCAUCUACCUGCGCCAGGUCUACAAACAGCAGUUGCAGUCUUCUGUGAUGGGUAAGGAGAGUGCCCGGCGGUACUUUGAUGCAGUGCAGGGGUCCGACGACCAGAAGGGGGAGCUGUUUGGGAUACAGAACCUCUUCAGACUGCAGACCCAGGGGACCUGCCUCACCAGGAGAAUACUGGAGCGGGAGGGACGCGUGGAGGUAGGAGUAAUGACGUCCAGCACCCACACAGGGGAAGAGGAGGAGAGGAAGAGCGAGAGCGAGGCUGGGGAGGUUUCCGCAAGGGACCACUGUGAACUGGGCAAUGGAGGGGCAAUCGGCAGUGUAGGGGCCUCGAGGGUCCCCAGGGCAACAACCAGAGGGGUACUGGACAUCAGCAGUGGCAGUGAGGAGGAGGGGGAACAGGGGGGCAGGAGUAAAGUGGAGAAGGCGAACACUACCCUUCCUGGCCGACUCAGUCUCCUUCAGCAUGGCUUCUCCAGGUUGCUCCAGAGGUCAGGGGUCAGGGCUGGAUCAGGGUCAGAAUCAGGGGAGCAUAGCCAGAGUGAGGGGGGAAGGAGUGAUUCUGAGGAGGACAGUGAUGAAGACACUUCUGCCAUGGCACCAAAGGGCCUCAGCACUGCAGGGAGUGGGGGCCCCCAGAUCCCUACAUUGGCCCCCAAGGGUGGGAACCACUUGGAUGCAGCUCCUCUGAAGAACGACUGGGACGUCUCCAGUGGCUCUGAGAGAGAGGAAGAAAGGAAUGGAGGGAGAUGGGAUGGACAGAGGGGGCGAGACCAUGAUCCUGUUACACUGUCAGGAGAGAGUGAUGACAUGGGGAGAAAAAUACAAAAUCUGAAACAAGGAAUAAGGAGGAAGAGGAGGGUGGAGGAGGACAGUGAUGAUGAUUCACCCCCCUCCAGUGGAAGCAAACGAUCUAACACUAAAACUCCAGUUUCCAGAAUGCAGCAGGUGGUGUUUGACUCUGAGUCUGAGGACAUAGACAUUGAGGAGCUAAUCAGACUUUGUGCACAAACUCAUGUGCUUAAGAGACCCCCAGCACACCUGAGAAGGAGGGAGAUGGGGAGAGAUGGUGGUAAUAAGAGAGAGACCAGCAACAGACCAGUAGACCAGAGUAGAAGAACCAGACAAGCAGAGGACAUUGAGACUUUUACCUCCUCAGACGAAAACCACACUCCAGUCGAAAGAGUCCGAUCUGUUACAGCCCCACAGAACCACAAUCAUGGCCGAGGCCCACAGACAGACCAACACGGAGCGAGGGCGUUUACAAACCCAAAAGUGAACCAGACUGUCCCUUCUGCCAAAGGACCGCCCCGUGGAACGAUUGACAAUGUGUUAGGUGGUGUACGGGAGGUGGUUUACACUCACUCUAACCAACAUGUGGUGGGCGGGAGCAAGGCCGAGGAGCGAAUCAGCAGAGCCGCUCUCAGAGACGUGUUUGAGCGCAGGAGGUUCUCCCAGCUUCCAGCCAAUGAACUCCGGGACACACAGAAGACCCAGCCUGAACACACUCCACCAUUCCAUACUUCCCAUAAUGAUGUUGGUUGGGUGGGAGCAGUGCACAGACCCAGUGUGGACCACCCAGUCACACACACCAUCAGGAGCGUCCACCACCCCACCCAACACACCACCGUCAUUAUCGGAGAGACCCCCAGAACCAUCCGAAGGCAGCAGCUGGUGGAGAUGGCGUGUGUAUUUGGAUCUGUUUCAUUGAGACAGUUUGCUGAGGAGGUUCUGAGGAGUACCUCUGCCCAGAGACUGGCUCAGCUACGACAGUACUACACUGACCAGGGCCCUGAGGUGGCUUCCAUCAUCAGGGAGAACUUCGCAGAACCACACACAGCCCAGCCCAGAGUUGACAGGACAACCCCUUCCUCCUCCUCUACAACCAAACACAGACCCAACUCCAAAAGGAACCAGAGAGUUGCUCUAGAACCCCAAGCAGAACCUAGAACCCGACAUAGGUCCGUUCCAGAACCCCAGAGGGAUGUUCCCUCUUCUGAGGAGCAGAUGGUCCGGAACGCCAGAGAAGGGAAGAAGAAGAGUGGUAAUAGUGGAAUGUCCAGAGCUGCUCACUGCUCCAGCUCAGACCUGGACAAUAGUAGGAGUAGUCCUCUGGGACCAGGGGCCUCUAGAGCUCAACCCGUUUCCUCCUCUUCAGCUCUCAGCCAUCCCCAGGCUAAGCCCACAGCCAGCCCUCAGAGAGGGAGGAGCAGCCUGCUGUCCUCCCCCAGGAAGAGUGAGGUUGUGGGGAGGCAGCGGUACAGAGCUCAGCCUUCCUCUCCCCCCAGCCAGCAGGUCCUCCUCACAGAGCUGCUAGGAGACACCUCCAUCCUGGACGACCUGCUGCGACCCAGAAGCAAGGCCUCCUCAGAGCCUCAGAGGGGCUUCCCAAAAACCCCUACCUCACGGGCUGUCUUUACACCCACUUCUCACUCUGCCACACCUGCCUCCUGUCACCCUACAACGCCUCCCAAACCGCCCAGCACACCCCACCCUCGGCCCCUGACAAAAUCCGUCCCAGGCCCUUCUUCUACUACUACUCCCCCCUCUCGAUCCAUCACCACACCCCUCACACACCCCAUUACACCACUUUUCUCUCCAGCCCCUGAGAGGUCAAAGAACAGCCACAGAGACUUCUGGGACAUUUUGGAGGAGGGUAACGAGGAGAGGAUCAACAAACUGACGGACCCGUCGGAGGUAGAGAGGGUGUGUGAGAGUGCUAGCGUGAGGGCCAGAGGAGGAACAGGGGGAGGAGGGGAGAAAGGGAACACGUCACUUUGGAAGAGGAACGACAAGUUCCUGUGGAAGAAGUGAUUCUGGGGGAGACAUGACAUGUAUUUUGCGUUUGACUUUUAUUAUUCUUAUGCUUUUUUUAAAACAAAAAAUCGUUUUGGUUACUGUAACCUAUCCUGAAAUUAUAGAUCGAUAAAUACGUGUGUGUGUGUGUGUGUAAGUCAACCGUGUAGACAAACCAUGUGUGUGCGUGCUCAUGUAUGGAAAUGUACAUUGUAAUUCAGAACAUUAAUGCCAUGUGCCAUUGACUUGGGCCAGACAUGGUCUGACUGUGUCAGUGGUGGUAACCCAUGUUUCCUGCUCAACUAAUUAGUGACCACCAGCCUGAGAAUCUCAUGUCUGGCCACCUACAUGGCAGGACCCUUGGUGGUCCUAAUAAAAAUCUCCCCAACCCCCCCCCUUGUUCACUCACACUCUCUCUUUAUCUGUGUUUCUGUCUUCCGCAAGGCUUUGACUAGUUUUCUUAUAUAUUCUUUCUCAAUAG